AAGUGGACGUCACCAAGAUUCUUAAGGAAUGCAGAGAAAUAUUGAGUGGGGAAAAUGCCAGGUUCCAACAUAUAGUGUAAAAGCACCUUCUUGUUACUCCUAUCUCCACCCACCUCCUUUGAGUGAGCAAGACUUUUGUGAGCUCAGGAUUGUGUCCUGUGAGUGUACAGGAUGAGCAGCACGUUUGUGACUCUUGCUGAAGUGUUGGAGGCUAGAGGGGGGCCACUGGAAGAGGAUGAGGUCUGGUCCCUCCUGCUUACCUCUGCUGAAUCAUUGCUGGAUUUCUUCAGCAUAGGACAUAGCAACAUCUGCAGCAUCAUAAGCCCGACAUCAAUGCUCCUGUCUGCAAAUGGCACACUUGCGUUUAAGAACUGCACAGUGACUGAUGAGGUGUGUGCCUUCACUGCGCCAGAGAUGCUACAGGGCCGUGCCAUUAGCACCAGAAUGGCUAUGGAGAAGAUGAUUGUAUACUCUCUUGGCAUGACUCUCUACUGGUCAGUUGACUAUCACAUUCCUCAAAACCAACCUGUUCAGCUAAGUGAUUCUCUGAACUGCCUCCUUCUGAGCAUGUGUGAGGAUGCGGCCCAUCGGCGAGGGAACCUCAGCACCAUCCUGGAGACCUGUGAAUCACACCAUAAAGCCUCAGUCCUGCCGCCACCCAACAAAGUCAUCCAGCGACUGGUGGAAGAGCUCUUCCAAAACUCUGUUGACCAAUCCCCUCUCAAGGAUAACACAGAACAGCUAGGUGGCAGAAGUUUGAUGGUCAGAGAAAGACUGCGUGGAAAUCGGAUAGUGUACCCUGGAUAUGCAGAAGGCAAUGCAAGUGCAGCAGUGAGACGCAGACUGUCACUUGACUUGGAGCUUAAACAGGGAGCUGUACUUCAACACACAUCCUGGUCCCACAAAAACAGAUGCUCGCAGAUGCCACCCUACCAAAGCAUUCAGAGCAGAAUUCAACAUGGAGCACUUCAUAGUGGAGGUGAAAGCAGUUGGCCAUUAAGGAGUUCUUACUAUAAGAAACCCUGGAAAUUUGAACACAGGCUUUCCAUCCCCUCUAUUUCUCUCAGCGAGUCUACAGUCAGUCUCCGCCAAAGGAAGAUAAAAAGUCUAGGGCCUGAGUUUGCCAGAAUGGCUGAUGCGCCUCAUAUCAUAUUAGAACUGCCUGGAUCUAUAGUGUCAAAGAAAGGAAGGUCUUCUGUAUCCCAGAGGGAAGUUAUUGUGAUGAUGCCAAAUGCUCAGCGUAUGGUCGUAAAGUGUGAUAUCAAGUCCAGGGGAAGAGAUAUCUUCGACAUGGUUGUUGCCCAUGCCAAUCUUGUGGAGCAUUUUUACUUUGGACUUGCUUUCAUGGAUGACAAGGAAUUUUUCUUUUUAAACCAUGAGACGAAAAUCUCCAAAGUGGCACCAGACUGCUGGAAGAAAUUAUCAACUUCUUCAUUCACCCUAUUUCUCCGUGUUAAAUUUUUUGCUGAUAAUGUCUCCUACAUAUUGCACAAACACACACGUCAUCAGUACUAUAUCCAGCUGAGAAGGGAUAUAUUGGAGGGCAGGGUGUACUGUAAUGAGGACACUGCCAUGUUCCUUGCUGCCUUGGCUCUGCAGGCCGAGUUUGGAGACUACAUACCAGAGGUUUAUGGAAAGAACUACUUCCAGAUGGAGCACUACAUUCCAAAAAGAGUGAUGGAAAAAAUAGCCUUGCCCUCUCUGAGGGAUGAGCUGCCAGCAUUACAUGCCAAUAAUGCAAAUAUGCUUCAAGAAGAUGCCGAGAUAGAAUUUUUAAAGACUGUACAGCAACUGCCGGAAUACGGGGUGCUCUUUCACCGAGCUGCUCGAGAGAAGAAGCUUGCUAUAGGGGAACUCAUUCUUGGAGUUUGUGCCAAAGGCAUUAUGAUUUAUGAAGUCAAGAACAAUUGUCGGAUAUUAAUCCGCAGAUUUUAUUGGUCUGAAACUGACAGUAUUUCCACAAGUUGGCAGAAGUUCACUGUAGAAUGUGGCCCCAGUGGGAAAAAGCAUUCCUUUGUAACUGAGAGUUCCAAAAUUGCACAAUAUCUUCUGGACCUCUGCUCUGCUCAGCACAAAUUCCACAGUGAGAUGACCUCUCGACAGCUCACUUACAGUUCAGCAUCAGAUGGAAACAAAGUGAAACAUCCUUUGUUAUGGCGUGCUCAACAAAACCUGUUGAAAAGGAUGUCAUGUUCAGAGGUCGGACUUAAUAAUGUUGGUCUGAGUAUGUCAUCUAUGAACUCUAUAAGCAAGUCAUGCGAUGACCUUUCAGCUAAGAUUCAGCAGUCAAGAGAUGUGCAAGAAACACAUGACAUUGCAGGCGUGAGAGCACUGAGUGAACUGAAGACACCAAGUCAGAGCUACUGCUCCCCCGAGCCGUUUAAUUCUCCAAUUUACCGGAUCAUGUCGAAUGUCUCUCUGCAAAAGCAAGACUCUGAGUCCUUCUCAGUGUCAUCCAGGGUCGACACUCCUGUUAGAACUUCUCCAGAAAGAGAAAUCAUCUGUGUUACAUUGAAGAAAGAUCCAAAACAUGGCUUUGGAUUUAUAAUAGUUGGAGAGGACAAUACAGGAAAAUUAGAUCUUGGAAUCUUCAUUGCAUCCAUCAUACCUGAUGGGCCAGCUGAUAAAGAUGGCAGAAUCAGGCCAGGUGGACGCCUGAUUUCACUUAAUAAGACCAGUCUGGAAGGAGUAACUUUUAGUGCAGCUGCUGCCAUCUUACAGAACAGCCCUGAUGAAGUGGAGCUUAUAGUGUCUCAACCAAAAUAUGAGUCUGGAGACCGUAAAUGUUCUCUGACUGCUAGUGACCUGGGGCUGAUGCUGGAUAGAGGCUUUGAUUCUCGGAUUACCCAGAAUGCAAAGCACAGGACAGGAAAAGAAGACCAUGAAUCCAACACUGCCACACCCAAAAUAGGAAAAAAGCUACACAUCCCUGUUGUACGAAUUCUAGAUUCUAAGGAUGUGUCCUCUGGGCCUCCCUCUAGGUCCAGCCUCAGACCAGGUGACCUGGUCUGUGUGGAGCUCAAGAAAGUCAACGGCAGCCUGGGCAUCUGUGUUGCUGGUGGCAUCAAUACCAGUGUGCGCCAUGGAGGGAUUUAUAUAAAGAGCCUAAUACCUGGAGGAGCUGCCGAUCUGGAUGGUCGAAUACAGACUGGUGAUAGGCUACUGGAGGUAAACGGCUUUAACCUGCAACGUGUAACCCACAAGCAAGCUGUGGAGUGUUUGAAAAAAACUGGCGAGGUGGUGUCUCUGCUUCUUGAGCGGGAGCCUGGUCUGGUGAUGGAGACCUCUAGCUCUUCAUCCACUUUGGAAAGACAAAAAUCUCCAUCAUCCCUUAAUGCACAGAGCGGCACCACCCCCCCUGGAAAAGACAUUACCAUGGAAACUCCCUUGUCUGUCAGGGCCAAGGAGUACAGCUUUGUGUCUGAUGAGAACACUAUGGAGGUGACACUAGAGAAGAAACUGAGUGGUUUGGGAUUUAUUUUCUUCAUCAGUGAUAUUAGUCCUGAGGAAGGCAGUGUAGUACGCAUUAAGAGACUGUUUCAUCACCUUCCACCUUCCACUGGCCAGUCAUCUGAAGAGAGCAACCAACUCAAGGAGGGAGACGUCAUCCUCAUGAUUAAUGGACAAUCUGUGAAAGGACUGUCCUAUCAGAAAGUCCUACAGCUGCUGCGGGGGACACCAGCUGAGCUCAAGCUGUUAAUCUGCAGACCUGCACCUGAGCAACUUCCAAAGAUGGACUCCAUCUCACUGAGUCCUUCCCCAUUGCCAAGUAAAAAGCAGAGGUCUCGGUCUUUGGACUUCUGGGUAGAGUCUGUUUCUCCGGACCUAAGAGAAAUGCUCCAACAAAAGACCACAGCACCAUGCCAGAGAAAGGACAGUGCUUCACUUAAACUUAAUACUGUCCAAUUAAUUCAACAGAAACAGGACAGUGAACAGGAUGAGACCCCAUCCACCCUGUCAUCUCCACCAUCCCCUCCAUCUACUGAUAAAGAAGAAAAUCCAGAUGAUGGAGGUGUUUCCUCCAGCACUUGUUCUCAAACACCCUUGCUCACAACCACAACAACCCUGAACCCAGUACAACCUCAAACACCUUCACCAGGCCUUAACCCAAGGCCAGAAGUAAAAGAGGACACAUCCACAAAAAGUAACCAGAGCUCAGCUACUACCAGUGAGCUCAUUGAAGAUUUUAGUGGAAAUCGAACACACUUUAUGGCCAAUGGACUGGAUAUCUUAGCUGAUGAAGAAUAUCUGACCAUUACCACUACUGUCUCUACCAGUGCUUUGAUUCCUCGUACUCCUCCUCCACUACCUCCCACACCCCCUUCACAUACCAGUCCUUCAAAGGCUGCAAAAUCACCCCCUCCUGUAGUUCUGCCCACUGUAACCAGCACCAAAAAUGGCUGGGACAAUGAAGAGGAGGAUGAGGAUGAAGAACCCAGAAGGGAAGUGUUUAAGGAGUUUGAGCUGACGGUAACCCUUACUAAAUCCAGAAGUGGCAGUUUUGGGUUUACUAUUACUAGGAGCAAAUUAGACAAUUGCUAUUACAUACAGGAAAUCCUGGAUAAUCCAGCCAAGGCGGACGGCCGGCUCAGACCUGGAGACAGGCUAAAAAUGGUGAAUGGUCACUAUGUAACUAAUGUGUCUGAUGAAGUGGCCAUGACAAUUCUUAGAUACUCCCCUAAAAGACUCCACAUGGUGCUAGGCAGAGCUGAACAGAACCUACUGCCUCCUCCACCACCAGACAGCCUUCAGGACAUUAUUAUAUAUAAGACCUCCUCUGGACAAAUGGGAAUCAAGCUCCGGGGUGGUAUUGGCAGCAAGUGGCAGGGGAUCUAUGUUCAGGAAGUGGUUCCAAACUCACCCGCCAGUGAGGAGGGAAGCAUUCAGCCAAAUGAUCGAAUUGUCUACAUCAGUGGCAGGUGCACCCUGGGAAUGUCACUGGAAGAUGCUGUAAAGAUCUGUGAAUAUUCUUUACAAAAAGUCAAACUCAAAGCCAUGAGAGAUGAUCAACCUGUGAUACCCAAGAGCAAAUGGAAUGGUUUCUUCGAUUGGAAAAAAGAGAAGAGGUUCGUCCCUCAAUCUGAGGAGCCUAGGUCAUCUGAGGUGGAGGCUGCUGCUAAUGUAAAGCUGGCUGAAAAUGUUAAAGGAUUUGGACCAAUGCCCUCUGCGACCUCUCAGGAGGAGAGCUGCAUCCUUCAACUGGAAUUUGCUAAACCCGAGAGAGGUGGGUUGGGCUUUUCUCUGGUGGGUGGAGUCAAUGGCAGUAAUCUGGAAAUAAAGGACAUCUGCUGUGGGAGUGUGGCUGAACAGGAUGGCCGUCUACGUGUGGGAGACAUCCUCCUUGAGGUGAAUGGUGUGAUUGUUUCAGGAUUGAGCCAUAAUAAGGUGGUGGAUAUUCUGAGGAGAGCAGAAGGGACAGUUCAGCUAAUUGUAUACAGAGAAACGUUCCCCAUCACAUCCUACACUGGCUGUAGUUCCUAUACUGAAGAACCUAAUGAACACAACACUGAAGGAGUAAGCUCAGAUUUAGAGGUGCAAGAGGAUCAUUCAACUUUUCAGUCAUCCAGUUGUCCCAGGGUUAAGAUGGAAUCUGAACAGGAUAGUGGAAACUGUACCCCUACCUUUCAGGGCUGUUGCCCAUCUUUGAGUGUCACAGAUAUGCUACAGAGCCGGGCUGACCCGGAGAAGCAGAAUCUAGAAAAUUCUGGCACAAACACUGAGAAAAAUUACACAGACACCUGGAGCACUGAUGAUGAUGAUGAUGAUGAUGAUGACGAAGAUGAUUCUUCUCAGCAUUCCUUUACCGAAACAACACCACACACGGGUCCACCUAUUGUGUCAGAGGAGGAACUGACCAGACUCGCACUGAUCAGCCCAUCUAUAAAUGGUCAGUACUCAGGGUCAAGACUCAGAAGUCUUAUGCAAAAUCUUCAGAAUCAACUGGAUCAUCAUGACCUUGUCAAAGAGUUUAUGGUAUUAGGCCAUCUAACUUCCUCAGAUAACUGCCUGGUUGGAAAAGCACCAGAGAACCGAGAAAAGAAUCGAUACAGAGAAAUCCUGCCCUGUAAGCCCUCCUAUGAUAAGACACGAGUUCCUGUGGGAGAGAAACAGGACUACAUUAAUGCCAGCUACAUCCGGAUGAAGGUGGGCCCAGAUGAAUUUUUUUACAUCGCAUCACAGGGACCUCUGCCCAACACUCAGGACUGCUUCUGGCAGAUGGUUUGGGAGAGCAAGUCUGACAUCAUUGCAAUGAUGACCCGGGAAGUGGAGCGUGGCAAAGUCAAAUGCCACAGGUACUGGCCUGAGAAGUGUGAUGUUCCCAUAGAAACAAACCACUACCAGCUGAUCCUGGACAAUUACCAGAAACUGGACUACUUUCACAUCAAGGUCAUAAAGAUGGUAGAGAAAGAGACAGGAGCUACACAUUUUGUAAAGCACCUGAAGUUCACCACAUGGCCAGACCACAGCACACCUCGCUGUUCAAAGGAGCUAGUGCACUUUAUCCGGUACAUGCGUGCAGUGCACAUGAACGGCCCCAUUACUGUCCACUGCAGCGCAGGUAUAGGCCGAGCAGGCGUCCUCAUCUGCACUGACGUCAUCCUCGGCCUCAUAGAGAGGGACCUCACUAUUAAUGUGAGUGAGAUUGUGAGGGAGAUGCGUCUCCAGCGCCAUGGGAUGAUUCAAACCAAGGAACAGUACGUCUUCUGUUACAAAGUGUGGCUGGAUGUGUUGCAGAGCAUCUCGCUUCUUCAUGGCAACCAGUGGCAAUCAAAAACCUCCUUGUGAAUGAGUUCUGGCUUUUUUCCAUGCUAAGUUAUUCCACAGUUUCCUCUGUGGGACGACAGCUCUCAUCUGUUUGAACAGUGUUGAAAUGCUGUUAUAUAAAGUUAAUCAUGUGCACUGAGUUUGAAUUUCAGUGCUGUUCUGAUCGUUUAGUACUGAAUAUAUGGCACAGGAAGCACACUAGACAUUUUAAUCAACUGUGUUAUGACCUUCUAUGACUCGAUUUAUAUCUUCACCUACCAUGUAUAACUCAAAGCACAGAUUUCUUAGUCAUCAAAGGCUCUUCGUUAUGUUGCUUGGAAUGUGUAAUCAGGUACACUUGACUAAAUAUGUGAAAGUCUGUCUUAUGAAAUUAUAAAAACAUGUUUAAAUAAUUGUCAUUUUUGUAACUGUUGUUAUUUGGACAAGAUAAAUGCUUCAUAAUAUGACAACAGCAACAUUAUCAACAGCAGCCUAAGCCAAUAGCUGACUGAUAUUACAUAUAUUAUUUAAAACAAGAAAUGUAAACAGCUAGAAGUCAAUAUUAUACAUUUCUUAUAUGACCUAAUCAUUCUAAAGAGCUAAUUUAUCUUCAAAAAGCUAAAAUGAGGAACGCGCCUCUUAAUUUGUCCUAUUGUGCAGCUUUCCCAGUCAUCUCCCUCUACGUGAAGUAAAGUCAGCAUGGCUGCAAGCCAGAAAUCAAGAACAAACCGAUAACCCAAAAAAGAGUUGG